AUGACCAUCAGAAGCGUCAACGACAUUCCCAGUCUCACUCAACUCUACCGCGACCCGGACUCCGUCCUCUCCGCGGCUAGUCCAAAUGACAAGACCUCCUUCCCUCCUGUUGACCGUAUCAACACACGCAUCGGUUUGAUUCGAGGAGACAUCACCAAGCUCCGUCUCGACGCCAUCGUCAACGCUGCCAACACGGCCCUCCUCGGCGGCGGCGGUGUAGACGGUGCUAUUCACAGCGCUGCCGGGCCCGAACUGGUCAAGGAGUCUGGACCACUUGGCCCCAUCAAGACUGGCGAGGCUGUCAUCACCAAGGGAUACAACCUUCCUGCCAAGCAUGUCAUCCAUACAGCCGGUCCAAUCUACGGCAAUAUAAAAGAUCCUAAUGAGAAGCUCGCCAUGUGCUACCGCGAGUGCCUCAAGUUGGCCGUAGAGCAUGGCGUCGAGACUGUUGCGUUCAGCGCCAUCAGCACAGGAAUCUACGGGUUCCCAAACGGCCCUGCAGCCCAAAUCGCAUGCCAGACUGUGAGGGAGUUUCUUGAGACUGAGGAUGGAAACAAGCUAUCUCGAGUGGUAUUUGUCACAUUUGUGGAUCGUGACGUAGACGCCUACAACAAGACAAUUCCAAAGAUUUUUCCUCCUGCAAACGAAAAGGUUACUGAAUGA